UCAAGUGACAGGAGUGUCUGUGUGCAGCGUCGACUCCCGUGAACUGCGCUUUUCACGCGCAAUGAUCUUUGCCAUCGAGGAGAUUAACAACAGCUCGGAGCUGCUGCCGGGUAUCACGCUCGGUUAUCAGAUCCACGACUCGUGCGCUUCAGUGCCCGGGACGAUUAAGGUGGCAUUUCAGCUCACAAACGGCCUGGAUGUCGUGUUUCACCCCUCUGACAACUGCUCCCGGUCUGGCAUGGUUUUAGCCAUCAUUGGUGAUUCUGGAUCCACCCUGUCCAUGAGCAUAUCGCGCCUCGUUGGGUCCUUUGACAUUCCUCAAGUGAGCUACUAUUCCACUUGUGAAUGCCUGUCCGAUAAGCAGCAGUACCCGAGUUUCUUCAGAACCAUCCCCAGUGACCGGUUCCAGGCUGAUGCGCUCGCCAAGCUUGUGAAGCACUUCGGCUGGACUUGGAUCGGUGCUGUUCGGUCCGAUUCGGACUAUGGCAACAAUGGAAUGGCAUCCUUUCUGGACGCAGCGCGCAAAGAGGGCAUCUGUGUGGAAUACUCUGAAUCUUUCUACCGGGCCCAUCCACGCAGCAGGGUCCGGAGAGUAGCUGAUGUUAUCCGCAGGUCCACAGCUGUGGUUAUUGUGGCGUUUUUAGCCACUGGAGAAAUGAAGCUGUUGUUGGAGGAGUUGGAGAAGGAGCCGUCCCCACCUCGCCAGUGGAUAGGCAGUGAGACCUGGGUGACCGACCCACAAAUGCUGAGGUUCAGUUUCUGUGCCGGGGCCAUCGGGUUUGGCAUCCAGCAGUCUGUCAUUCCAGGUCUGAGAGAGUUUCUGUUGGAUCUCCCUCCCUCAAAAGUAGCUGCCUCCCAGUUGCUCACUGAGUUUUGGGAGGAUUCAUUCAACUGCAGACUGGCAGAAAGUGCUGCUUCAGACAGAAGUGUGUGCGAUGGAAGUGAAGACCUGCAGAAGCUCCAGAGUCCGUACACAGACACAUCUCAGCUCAGAGUUACUAACAUGGUGUACAAGGCUGUUUAUGCAUUAGCUCAUGCCAUUCACAAUGCAGUGUGUCAGGAAACAAAUUUCACAACUCAGUGUGAAAAACUGACAAAAUUACAGUCUAAACAGAUUUUAACCCAUCUGAAGAAAGUACAUUUUUCCCAAAAUGGUUACGAUGUGUCAUUUGAUGCUAAUGGGGAUCCUGUGGCUACUUAUGAACUGGUUAACUGGCAGAAAAGUGAGACUGGAAACAUUGAGAUGGUAACAGUGGGGCACUAUGACGCAUCGCUGCCAGUAGGUCAGGAGUUUCGUUUAAGCAGCAACAUAACCUGGAUGGAGGGACGCACUCGAGUGCCUGUGUCGGUGUGCAGCAACAGUUGUCCUCCAGGAACUCGUAAAGUGCUGCAGGAAGGAAAACCCAGCUGUUGCUAUGAUUGCCUACCAUGUCCUGAAGGAGAGAUCAGUAAUCAGACAGAUUCCAAUGAUUGCUUCCCUUGCCCCAGUGAAUUCUGGCCUAAUUCAGAGAGAAACACUUGUUUACCGAAGCCUGUGGAGUUUCUUUCUUAUGAUGACAUCUUAGGAAUCAUCCUGGCUGUGUUCUCAGUUGGUGGCGCCUGUCUGGCCAUUAUAACGGCGGCUGUAUUCUUUAAUCACAGGGCAUCUCCUAUUGUCAGGGCUAACAACUCCGAGCUCAGCUUCCUGCUGCUCUUCUCCCUGACCCUCUGUUUCUUAUGUUCAUUAACUUUCAUUGGAGCCCCCUCUGACUGGUCCUGCAUGCUACGACACACAGCGUUUGGCAUCACAUUUGUUCUCUGUAUCUCCUGUGUUCUGGGGAAAACUAUAGUGGUUUUAAUGGCUUUUAAAGCUACACUUCCAGGCAGUAAUGUGAUGAAAUGGUUUGGGCCUCCACAGCAAAGAAUGACCGUUGUGUCUUUCACCUUUAUUCAAGUUUUAAUAUGUACCAUUUGGUUGGUGCUUAGUCCUCCAUUCCCAAUGAAAAAUCUAAACACAUACAAGGAGAAAAUCAUCUUGGAAUGUGCAUUAGGUUCAGUUAUUGGGUUCUGGGCUGUACUUGGGUACAUCGGCCUGCUGGCUGUCUUUUGCUUCGUUUUAGCCGUCCUGGCCCGGAAACUACCGGAUAAUUUUAACGAAGCCAAGCUCAUCACCUUCAGCAUGCUGAUAUUCUGUGCAGUCUGGAUCACCUUCAUCCCAGCGUAUGUCAGCUCUCCUGGGAAAUUAACUGUGGCUGUGGAGAUAUUUGCCAUGCUGGCCUCCAGUUUUGGACUAAUAUUGUGUAUAUUUGCUCCAAAGUGUUUUAUCAUCUUGUUUCAGCCGGAGAAGAACACCAAGAAAAAUUUAAUGAACAAAAAUGAAUCCUUGUAAAUCAGUGGUUUGCAAAUAUCAAAAGCUUACACUGUGUCAAUAUCAUGUAAACAAUGAAAUUCUGUAUUUCUAAUUCUUUGUUGAAUUAAAUGUUUAGUCUUUUAUGUUAAAUAUUGUGCUAUUUAUAUGUCCGCUUGGAAUGCUAUUUUGAUCUAUUGUCCUACAAGUAAUUUCUAAUGUGCUGAGCAUAUGAAAUAAAGUCUAAAUUCACAAUAACAA